AUGAAAGCGGACGUUGUAUUGAAAGAAAUGAGGCAUGCGCGCGGGGAGGAUGGUCAGCGGCUAUUCGGUGUCACGGAGUUUCUUUCUGAUGAACAAGUUUCCUCAUUCUUUUCUCGCAUGGCUGCAAAGGUCCGACAGCAAAAGAUCACUAUAACGGAAGCAGAUGCUGCGGCUGCUGUAGAAGAGGAUAAUUUUCAUGAAAUGCGAAACAAAGUUUUGUCAUCGUUGCAACUACAACACCCUAUCGUUUUUGAUCAAUAUAAUGUACGUGAUAUGGUGAAAAGUAGUACUCUGAAAAAAUUGAAAAUGGAUAUGCUUCAACGCCUAUGCGAAGAACUUAACCUCGAUGUUCCAGAAAAGUCUGGCAAGAAGAAGAACACAAAAUUACCUUACAUCAAGCUCCUAGAAAGUGCUGUUUCCGGAUGCUCCU